AGCUUCCAAAGCCACCAUCUUAUUUGACACUAAUUAAACUACCCAUCUAUUUUUUUUCUACGCGUACGCGCAUGCAUGUGUGUCGAUCGUAUCGCCGGCCGACGCCGUAUAUAUCACCUCUUAUUUGCCGCAAGUGGCAUUGUGGCAACCGGCAAAGUCGUCCGUGUCCGUCGUCAUGACCUGAUCCGGCCGGGUAUAUUCUUCCAACUCCAGCUAUACCUAUGCACCCCUGGGCCGUAUCUACGAAGCUCUCGAUCUCUACCUGCGUGGUGGUGUUUUAUAGCUGAGACUCUUAGAGCCAACACAGCCAAGCAGCAGAGAGCGAUCGAAGCGCGGCCGGGCAAGCAUGGAGAAGCAGGCCGGAAGCGGUGGUGGAAAGGCGGCCGGCGUGGCUGCGGCCAAGCAGCAGCGUUCCUCGGCCGCCGUGUUCUCACAUGCGGCGGCGGCCGAGCUCCGGCUCGAGGCCAUCACGAGGAGGUGGUGGCCGUUGAGAAGCCGCACGACGAUGAGGACCGUCUGCGUCGUUGCGGUGGCCGUGACCGCCGCUGCCAUCGUGCUAACCGCCGGCGGCUGGGCCUCCUCGCCGAACGAGAUGCCGACCUCCUCGUUUUUCGACGGCUCCGACCCUCCGUUGAACAUCACCGACGAGCAUUUUCUCGACGGCCUUCUUACCGCCGAUUUCAGCUACAUGUCGUGCCGAAGUCGCUACGAGUUCGCCGCCUACCACAAGAAAUCGUCGCACAAGCCAUCCCCAUACCUCAUCUCCAAGCUCCGGAAGCAAGAAGCGCUCCAAAAGCGAUGCGGCCCUGGAACGGCCGCGCACAAGAAGGCGGUCCGGCGGCUCGACUCCGGCGAGGGCGUCGUCGACGAUGACGACGGCUGCCGCUACCUCGUCUACAUCAGCUACCGUGGCCUCGGCAACCGCAUGCUCGCCAUCGCGUCGACCUUCCUCUAUGCGGUGCUCACCGAGCGCGUCCUCCUCGUCGACGGUGGCAAGGACGCCGACGCGCUCUUCUGCGAGCCCUUUCCGGGGACGACGUGGCUGCUACCGCGACCCGGCUGGUUGUCCUUCUCCCCGCUCAGGAGACUCCAGGGCUACGAGGGUGGCUCCAAGGAGAGCCUCGGCAGCAUGCUGCAGAGCGGCGGCAUCACCGUGUCCGCCGACGGGAACGCGUCGUGGUCGUCGGCGCCGCGGCCGCCGUACCUGUACCUCCACCUCUCCGGCACCGACGAAUUCCACGACAAGCUCUUCUUCUGCGGCGCGCACCAGCGACUCCUCGGCGAGGUGCCGUGGCUCUUCAUGUGGACGGAUAACUACAUCGUGCCGGGACUCUUCCUCACGCCGACGUUCAGCGGCGAGCUCGAGGCCAUGUUCCCGGAGAAGGACGCCGUGUUCUACCACCUCGGACGGUACCUCUUCCACCCGACAAACCGCGUGUGGCACGCCAUCAAGAGCUACUACCACGACAACCUUGCCGGCGUCGGCCAGCGCGUCGGCGUGCAGAUCAGGGUGUUCCAGAAGAAGCAGCCGCCACAGUCCGUGCUGGACCAGCUCCUCUCGUGCCUCCGCGACGAGAAGCUCCUGCCGGAGACGACGGACGCGGCGGGCGGCAACGGCACGCCCUCGCGCGCCGUCCUGUUGACGUCGCUGAGCUCGUGGUACUACGACCGGAUCAGGGACGAGUACGGCGGCAGGGUCGCCGGCGGCGUGCACCAGCCGAGCCAUGAGGGGCGGCAGCGGUGGCGCGACGCGGCACACGACAUGAAGGCGCUGAGCGAGAUGUACCUGCUCAGCAUGUGCGACGUGCUCGUCACCAGCGGCUUCUCCACGUUCGGGUACGUCGCGCAGGGGCUCGCCGGGCUGCGCCCCUGGGUGAUGCCCAGGGCGCCAAUGUGGGCUGCCAACUGGAUGGAGGAGCUGGACCAGGGAGACCUCCCAUGCCGGCGGGCAGUCUCCGUCGAGCCGUGCUUCCACGCACCGUCGGCCUACGACUGCGCGGCGGCGAGGGAGGUGGACCUGGACAAGGUUUCGCCAUACAUCAGCCACUGCGUGGACGUCAAAUACGGCAUAAAGCUUGUCAACGAAAGCAGCGGACAGUGGUGACAUUUGACUAACAGAAGUGGCCA